AUGUACCAGUCACCUCCUCCUCUUCCCUCUCCCUUUCACUACACAUACCUAUCCUCGCAUCACCAUCACAAGCAUAAAUGCCCACUUCCACCACCUUUAUAUUUCUAUAAAUCACCUCCACCGCCAUCACCCGUUUACAAGUACAGGUCACCACCACAUCCAUCUCCUAUUUACACCUACAAGUCACCACCGCCACCAUCACCCAUUUAUAUGUACAAGUCACCACCACCACCUCCUGUUUACAAGUACAAGUCACCACCACCACCAUCAUCGCCAGCUUACAUGUAUAAGUCAUCUCCACCACCGCCACCUAUUUACAAGUACAAGUCACCACCACCUCCAGUUUAUAUAUACAAGUCACCUCCACCGCCGCCUCUGAUUCAUAAACCACCACCACCUCCACCUUACUAUAAUUAUGUUUCGCCUCCACCACCAUACAAACAUCACCAUCAUCAUCAUCACCACCAUAAGCCAAAAUGGUCACCAUAUUCGUACAUCUAUUAUAAGUCGCCACCACCACCACCUAAAUAUUAA